GGCAUAUAUAGGGGCACACGGCCCGUGGGACUGACCCACCUGCCAGCUCUGCUCCCUCAAGAUGAAGGUGGCUGUGGGCCCAGACCCUUCCCUGACCUACCGGCCUGAUGUGGACCCAGAAGCAGCCAAAGACAAGGGCAGUUUCCGAAACUACACUUCUGGCCCGCUGCUGGACCGUGUCUUUGCCACCUACAAGCUCAUGCACACGCAGCAGACGGUGGACUUCGUCAGGAAGAAGCACGCCCAGUUUGGGAGCUUCUCCUACAAGAAAAUGACCGUCUUGGAGGCUGUGGACAUGCUGGAUGGGCUGGUGGAUGAGUCGGACCCAGAUGUGGACUUCCCCAAUUCCUUCCAUGCCUUCCAGACUGCUGAGGGCAUCCGUAAAGCCCACCCCGACAAGGACUGGUUCCACCUUGUAGGGCUGCUGCAUGACCUGGGGAAGGUCCUGGUUCUGGCAGGGGAGCCCCAGUGGGCAGUUGUUGGAGACACCUUCCCUGUUGGCUGCCGUCCCCAGGCCUCUGUGGUUUUCUAUGACUCCACCUUCCAGGACAACCCAGACCUCCAGGAUCCUCGAUACAGCACAGAGUUCGGCAUGUACCAACCGCACUGCGGGCUGGAGAACGUCCUCAUGUCCUGGGGCCAUGACGAAUACAUGUACCAGAUGAUGAAGUUCAACAAAUUCUCUCUCCCCCCUGAGGCCUUCUACAUGAUUCGAUUCCACUCCUUCUACCCUUGGCACACGGGUGGCGACUACCGGCAGCUGUGCAGUGAGCAGGACCUGGCCAUGCUUCCCUGGGUGCAGGAGUUUAACAAGUUCGACCUCUACACCAAGUGUCCAGAACUGCCAGAUGUGGACGAGCUGCGGCCCUACUACCAGGGACUCAUCGACAAGUACUGUCCUGGUGUGCUGAGCUGGUGACCAGCCUGCCCGCCCUGCCCAGGCCCAGUCAGGUGCACUAGGGUGAUAGCCGAGGUUGGGGUCACAUGCACAUCUGCGGUCAACACUCCCUGUCCUGGUGGCCACUCUGCCCAGUGGCAAUAAAGACCUUGAAGCAGC